CGUCCUGCUCUGCGGCGCAGGGGCAAGAUGGCUGCCGAGAAGCAGGUCCCCGGCGGCGGCGGCGCGGGCAGCGGCGGCGGCGGCGGCGGCGGGCGCGGGGCCGGGGGCGAGGAGAACAAGGAGAACGAGCGGCCCUCGGCCGGGUCGAAGACGAGCAAAGAAUUCGGGGACAGCCUGAGUUUGGAGAUUCUUCAGAUUAUUAAGGAAUCCCAGCAGCAGCAUGGCUUACGGCAUGGAGAUUUUCAGAGGUACAGGGGCUACUGUUCCCGCAGACAGAGACGGCUCCGGAAAACACUCAACUUCAAGAUGGGGAACAGACACAAGUUCACAGGGAAGAAGGUGACUGAAGAGCUUCUGACUGAUAACAGGUACUUGCUGCUGGUCCUGAUGGACGCUGAAAGAGCCUGGAGCUAUGCCAUGCAGCUCAAACAGGAGGCCAACACCGAGCCCCGAAAGCGCUUCCACCUGCUGUCUCGCCUCCGCAAAGCUGUGAAGCACGCGGAGGAGCUGGAGCGCUUGUGCGAGAGCUGCCGCGUGGACGCCAAGACCAAGCUGGAGGCUCAGGCGUACACGGCCUACCUCGCAGGAAUGCUGCGCUUUGAACAUCAGGAGUGGAAAGCCGCCAUCGAGGCAUUUAACAAGUGCAAGACCAUCUAUGAGAAGCUCGCCAGCGCGUUCACAGAAGAGCAGGCCGUGCUGUACAACCAGCGCGUGGAGGAGAUCUCGCCCAACAUCCGCUACUGUGCCUACAACAUCGGGGACCAGUCAGCUAUCAACGAACUCAUGCAGAUGAGACUGAGGUCAGGGGGCACCGAGGGGCUGCUAGCUGAAAAAUUGGAGGCCCUGAUCACUCAGACCCGAGCCAAGCAGGCAGCUACCAUGAGCGAGGUGGAGUGGAGAGGGAGGACGGUCCCGGUGAAGAUUGACAAAGUGAGGAUCUUCUUGUUAGGACUGGCUGAUAACGAAGCGGCCAUUGCCCAGGCUGAAAGUGAAGAGACCAAGGAGCGUCUGUUCGAGUCCAUGCUCAGCGAGUGUCGGGACGCUCUCCAGGCCGUGCGGGAAGAGCUCAAGCCUGACCAGAAACAGAGAGAUUACACCCUCGAUGGAGAGUCGGGGAAGGUGUCCAAUCUUCAGUACCUGCACAGCUACCUGACCUACAUCAAGCUGUCCACAGCGAUUAAGCGAAAUGAGAGCAUGGCGAAGGGCCUGCAGAAGGCGCUGCUGCAGCAGCAGCCAGAAGAUGACAGCAAGCGCUCGCCACGGCCCCAGGACCUGAUCCGGCUCUACGACAUCAUUCUGCAGAAUCUGGUUGAACUGCGCCAGCUUCCUGGCUUAGAGGAGGACAGAGCCUUCCAGAAGGAGAUAGGCCUCAAGACCCUGGUGUACAAGGCUUACAGGUGUUUCUUCAUCGCGCAGUCCUACGUGCUGGUGAAGAAGUGGAGCGAAGCCCUUGUCCUGUAUGACCGAGUCCUGAAAUACGCCAAUGAAGUCAGUGCCGAUGCUGGAGCCUUCAAGAACAGCCUGAAGGACCUGCCUGACGUGCAGGAGCUCAUCACGCAAGUGAGGUCGGAGAAGUGCUCCCUGCAGGCGGCCGCCAUCUUGGAUACAAGUGACUCCCAUCAAACAGAGAUCUCCUCCCAAGUCAAGGACAACAAGCCUCUGGUCGAACGGUUUGAGACUUUCUGCCUGGACCCUUCCCUCGUGACCAAGCAGGCCAGCCUGGUGCACUUCCCCCCGGGAUUCCAGCCGGUCCCUUGCAAGCCCCUGUUCUUCGACCUGGCCCUCAACCACGUGGCUUUCCCUCCCCUCGAGGACAAGCUGGAGCAGAAGACCAAGAGCGGCCUCACUGGGUACAUCAAAGGCAUCUUUGGAUUCAGGAGUUAACCGGCUCCACCUUGGGGGCCGGGGGAGUUACUGACUCUUCUGUGUUGUGAGAAAAGGCCGGCAAGUUCCGUGACAUUAAAUCCAGGUCUGCACUGGCCCGGGGCGGGCAUGUACCCGCUGGGCCCGCGUCCCCCGUCCGUGACUGUGCACUUACGUCCCAGCCAGUGUGCUCGCGGGCCUGCUUGUCCUCUGCCCAGGGAUGGGGCCCCUCUCCCACCUCCCGGGCGAGGGGCCGCCGCGCCUGGGCCUGUGGAGCCGGGGCUGUAACCUUCAGUCAGUAGAGUGUUCAAGGUCCACGCCGGGCGCGGGUGGGGGCUCGUUGGGUCGCGUUUCUCCAGUUCUGCGCCUCAGAAGGGAGCUGCUCCUCUGGCGAGCGCGGCCCCAUGCCGUGUGUCCGUGACAAGGAGACGCGGGCGGUGCCCCGGGAUACGGUCAGCCUUACUCCCCUCUCCUCCAAGUGAAAGUCAAGAAGUUUCAGAACAAGCAAAGAGCUCUAUUUUUAGAAGAAAUAUGUUACGCUCACAAGUGAUGAAAACAAAUCUUAUAUUAAAAGGCGAAGAUGCUGGAGACUCUGCCGUUUU